UCCAAAGUGCUUGGAAACCUCAGUAUGAACCAGUGUUAAAUUGGGUCAAUGGGAUGUAACCGAUCCUAAAAAAAAAAUUCCGUCUCCAGAACGCGAGUAACUCCCCGGAAAAAUCUCAGGAAAUCCACAACCAGAGACUCGGAGGCGUUGAACUGGGGUGAAAGUCAAAGUUACUGAUAAAAUCCAAGUCAAUAGAGAAGUGUCAUAGUUGUAUCGAGUAAACGAACAGCUGUUAACCAUUUCAUCGCCAAUUCAAUGUCACAUUAAAAUUUUUUAUUGAAAUCAUUGGUGGUGUCCAGUAUUGGGGAACAAUUGUUUCACAGUUUUCCCGUGAAUCUAAAAAUUUUUCAUUAAAUCUUGGAUGGUCCAAGGCACUUCGAGGGUGAACUGUCGAGAGAGCUGCCGAGACACUUUUGGGAGACAUUUUUCUUCCGAGGUCAAUAAUUCUUGUCAUUCGUGGAGCUGAUUGCUAACAUAUGGAUCCCCAAGGGAGCCUAUAGAUUGAGUCUAUGGUGUGAUCCUGGAUUUUUUAAGGGAUUCGAGAGUUAUGAAGUCGAUGGCGAGCAAUGGAUCGCCCUCAGUCUAUGGCAGGGACAUGGCAGAGAGACUGGGUUUGGGGCCUGAGGUCAGAGAGCUCAAACUGGGACCCACCUUCACUGGGGACCGAGGGACCGCCUUCCACACUCUCAAAUAUGACUUCAAACCAGCGAGCGUGGAUGUUUCGAAGAUGGCAACAGUCGAGGUGGGCUCAAACAACACGAUGACAGUUACAGUGCCUCACUUGGACGGUGCUGGGAUACCUCACACAGUGUUCAAAGGCUCACAACGUCCCUACAGCAAAGAAUGUGUUCUGAUAAUCGACAGGAUAACUGGAGAGAUAACUCUUGAGAGACUCUCUUCCAAUAUCCAAGUAAAAAAGACUAGGGUAGAGCCUAAAAGUCAGCUGUUGACAGUCCCUCCGACCAACAGCACCAAUUCAGGAAGACCUCACACACCUGUAGAGACAAGGAGGAGUCCAACCCAUGGCAGAUCCACCAGCAGAACGAAAGUCUCUACUGGCAAGAAGAGAGAGCCCACUGUUCAGCUGCAUCCCAAAACUCAGCAGCCAAGUCCCAAGGGAUUUUCUCCUUAUCAUGGAAGAAGUCCUCCUAAUGUAAAUAGCAACAGUUCUCCAGCGCAAUCACUGGGUCCAUCGACUCAUCCGAGCCUGCCCAUGAUCGGUGCAGACUUUGAGGACUUUCCAACACCUGCGCAGCCCCCUAAAGCAGCCUCGCCCCCCUCAAAACACGCACCCUCCCCAAAUCACACUGGAACCACCACUGUCACCUCUAGGGACCUAGUUGGAGUUCUCAGUGAGUCCAGCUCCAGUAGCUCAAGCUCCUCUAGUUCUGAUAGUGAUUCUGACGACGAAACUCACAGACCCAUGACUGCCAAUGGACAUGCUAAUGGACACACAUCAUCUCCGAAUCCAAUUCUCAUGCACAUGCCGGAUAAUCUAUUGAACGACGAUCUUCAAUUAUCUGAAUCUGAAUCAGAUAGCGAUUGAUUUUCCCAAUAAUCCAGUAUAAAUGAAUUCAUGGAAACGAAAUGAUUGAAUAUAUAGCUGAAAGACGAUAAUCGUUAUAAAAAAUUAUAUAUAUAUAUAUUUUUGCUAAAUUGAGUUUGGUGUUUGGCGUUUUAUCAUCAAUUAUAUUUCUCAUUUUGUUCGUCUACUCAAAAGAACAUUUUUUUCUUUUCUCUUAUAUCGUAGUGUGUAAUUGUCAGCUCAAACCUUUGAAUAAAGCAAGGUCUUGCCAAGUAA